CAUACGUGCCAAUGGGGGUUUCCAGAAGAAUAGUUAUAUCUGUCGCGGUGCACUGUGGGUAGUUAGUCAGCAAAUCCAAGAUGGCGGCAAGCAGGAGGCUGCAUAAGGAACUUGAUGAAAUCCGCAAAUCUGGAAUGAAAAACUUCCGCAACAUCCAAGUUGACGAGUCAAACAUCUUGACUUGGCAAGGACUUAUCGUUCCUGACAACCCUCCAUACGAUAAAGGUGCAUUCCGGAUUGAGAUCAUUUUCCCUGCUGAGUAUCCAUUUAAGCCGCCCAAGAUCACAUUCAAAACAAAGAUCUACCACCCGAACAUAGAUGAGAAAGGUCAGGUGUGCUUGCCAGUCAUAAGCGCUGAAAACUGGAAACCCGCAACCAAAACUGAUCAAGUAAUCCAGUCUCUCAUCGCCCUUGUCAAUGACCCUCAGCCAGAACACCCACUGAGGGCCGACCUAGCAGAGGAAUACUCAAAAGACCGUAAAAAAUUCUUUAAGAAUGCAGAAGAGUUUACAAAGAAACAUGGUGAAAAGCGGCCAGUGGACUAAUAAGAUGAGUGUGAAUCCCACUCUCUCCUUUGCCCACCUCUCCAGAUCUUUAAACCUCUGCCUCUAUCUGUACCCUCCUCCCACCCAAGCUCCCAGCAUCCACUCCGAACUUGGAGCAGAGCAUCCCAAAAGCAGUUCAACCUUGCUACAGGACUUUUAUGACUCAGUUCUACUUGCCCUCUGGGUACCAACUGGAUGGCUGGUUUUUCUAUAGUGUAUAAAGCAAAUGUGAUCCAAAUACGAGUGUAAAUGGAAACUUGGAGGGAAAAAACAACAAGAUUUGGGUGGUGAGGGUGGGAGUAAAUGCUGUUCCUUUUAAUUUGUUCUUAAUUUGCACAGAGCUGUGUACUGGUCAUAAAACCUGCUGUGCAAUGAAUCUUGACUGUUUUUUCCCCCAGAGCAGAUUACUACAGUGAAUUUCAUUAUAUUAUGUCCUUCAGUCUUUCACUUCUGCAAGUAUGUCUUUGUUUGGGCAAAAAUCCAGGUUCUAAAGGUGUGUGGCAUCCAUUUCUUUUAUAUUUCUUUUUAUUCUUUUGUUUUUGUCUAGGUUGCACUGUAUUCUGUGGAACGAAGCGUUCUUCGUAACCUCUGUAAUUCAUCAAAUAUUCAAAACUUCAGCUUAGUCACUGUUAUCAAUAUAAUGUUUAUGAUGUUAUAAAAAAGGAAAAAAAAACAACCAUUUGUGUCUGAUUUAAGAGUUAUUUUAAAGUAAUGUAAUAUGAUUUAUUAGAGAUGUACUUUAUCCUGGAAGAAAUGGCAUCACUAAGCAAAAUUACUUAUUACACCUUUUAAUUGCUAUUUAUUGCACCCUUAAUUGCACCUGGAUUAUGCCAGAUUAACAUGAAAGCUAGGACCAGAAUAGAUUUUUAUUCUGUUAUUAUGCAGAUGUAUUAAUUCAGCAGAUUACGCUGUCUGGUGUAUUAUCUUGUCAACCGUUGGAGUUUUUUUACAUACAAUGGUUAAACCACAAUGAAACCACCUUCUAAUUUAGGUCAGGGUAUGAAGAGUGAUCUAGCUUUCUGAAACCAACAGACCUGGGAAUUUGUCAUUUUUAUCAGACACCUAAUAAUACUAGUGUAAUGUUAUUUGACUGAACAAUACUAACUGUUGACUGAAAGAUGGCAUGCAAAAUUGUGCUGAUUUACGUGAUCUAGAGUCAUGGUGAGAGUCAUGGUGAGAGCCCAGGGAUUGAUCAAAUUAUAUACAAAAACUGUGUUGGCCUUAUUGGCCUUUGUUCUAACCGUCCAAGAUUAACCAUACACUUUCAGGAUCUUAUCAGGACAUGCACUAUAAUAAAACUGGGUAGGGACUUCCGUUGCUUUCAAAACAGCCUCAAUUCUUAUCAUGCUGACAGUAGCCAUUACUGUAUACAUGGGUAAAUUGUGGCCAUGAAGGGAUGCACAUGGUCACCAGUGGUGAGCCUGUGACAACUUCAGUCUCAGCUUUCUGUUCUUGGCUGACAGAAGUGGAACCCAAUGUGUUCUUCUGCUGUUGUAGCCCAUCCAUCUAAAGGUUUGAUGUGUUGUGCAUUCUGAGCUGCUGUUGUGCCUACCACAGUGCAGAGUGGUUAUCUGAGUUACUGUAGCAUUUCUGUCAGCUCAAAACGAUCUGGCAAUGCUCUGUUGACCUUUCUCAUCAACAAGGCAUUUCUGUCUGCAGAAUUGCCUCUUUCUGGAUGUUUUUUUUUUCUGAAUAAACUCUAGAACGGUG